CAGCAGCAAUGGGAGGCCCAUAAUCUGCCAGCAGCACUAUGACAAAAUGGGAAACCCACCAGCAGUGUGAGGAGACCUGAAAGUGGCACAUGGCAGAGUGUGGCGAUGGAGACAGCAGCAAUGGGAGGCCGUACAGGGACCCAUGAGGGAGACUCUGGACCGCGCAGCAGCAUGAGGAGGCGGUACAGAGGGGCCCAUGAACAGAUUAUGCAGCAUCGGUACGGAGGUCCCAUUGGUACAGGGGCCCCCAUGGCAGCAGCAAUGGGAGGCCGUAAAGGGACCCAUGAGACACUCUGGACCUGGCAGCAGCAU